GGGGGAGGGAAUACAGGAAGCAGGCGCAGGGAAUCAUGGGAAAUGUAGUCUUUAUGACAUGGCUGCUUACUGCUUCGGGUGACAAUUGCCGAAUGAGGUAUCGUUGGAAAGGUCUGUCAGAGAGAUAUCACAGGAGGUGUUACACGUUGCUGCAAAAUCCUAUUUUUCAUCCUAUGGAUCACUGAAUAAGAAAGAGAUGGUUUUACCUCGUCUCACAGGAGCGCUGCGCUCCUUUUCAAAUGUCACCAGACAAGAUGAUUACAGGGGAGACUCUACAGACUUGAUGAACAAAAGAUCGAAGUUGCGUGAGCAAGUUUUGGAGUCUGACCUUACUUGGAAGAAAAUAACUCAAUUUGUCACUGGCAUUGUGGACAAGGAGCAUGAAGCAAUAAACGAGGGCCUAAAAGAAAUAUUACAGGCUGCAAAACAGAUCGUUGGAACUGACCAUGGACAAGAAGCAAUUGAAAGUGGAGCGGUGUUCCUUUUCAGGACAUUCUAUGGCAUAGACUAUGUCAGUCAAGAAGCAACCAAAAGCAUUAAACAGAUGUUUGGACCGUUUCCGUCGACAUGUGCGACUGCAGCUUGUGAUGCCACUUAUAAAAUUGCAUUGCUCUUGACUGAUGAACAGCUUCAGAGGCUUGCACUGAUGUUUCAAGAAGACGCUGUGAAAGAAUCAUUGUCCUUUGGAAAAAAUUUGAAAUUCUCUUUAGAAAUGUAUGAGCUAGAAGAUACUGAAGACUUGCCGUUAAAUAGUGAAUCUGAAACCAAUGAUGACAUCAGCUUGCAUUUUGUAAAACUUGGCCUCAGAGAUGGUUCUCUAGACACAUCCAGAGCAAAACAAAAAGUCACCAGCAGUGAAGAUGAUGGUUCUUUGCUAUAUGAUGAAGUUGAAAAAUAUGUUGUCCAGACUUUACAGAGUUCUAUUGGAGGGCCCACAGUUGAAGAUUUGUGCAGCACUAUAUUUGAGAUGCUGGCUUCUUCCAAAAGCAACGAUGAACUUCAGAAUGAGCUGUUUGAACUACUGGGGCCUGAAGGAUUUACAGUAAUAGAAGUUCUUCUGCAGCAGAGACAAAAAAUUGUGGCUAAUUCGGUUAACUGGCAAAAUGGUAACAAGCAAUAUAGGUUUCCAGACCACUGUCCUGAUGGUACAAAACCCAACUAUGGCUGUCAAGUCACUGUCCAGUCUGAACAGGAAAAACAGCUCAUGAAACAGUAUCGGCGAGAAGAAAAGCGCAAUGCCAGGCGAGAAAAACGAGUAGGCGAGGACGGAGAGACUUCUGGUGAAGGACUAAUAGGUUUUGAUCCGAAAGAACUGCGGAUGCAAAGGGAACAGGCACUUUUAAAUGCUCGAAACAUGCCAGUUCUGAGUAGAGAAAGAGACUAUGGGGAAAGAGUUGUGUAUCCAAAUGUUUAUGACGCAUAUGCUGAAGCCAUGAAAACGUCAGCAUUUGUUGGAGGAGCUAAGCUGCUUCUGCCAGAGGGUAUUCAAAGGGAAAACAACAAAAUGUAUGAAGAAGUCAAGAUCCCUGCCACUGAACCAAUGCCUAUUGGUUUGGAAGAGAAGCCAAUCUACAUUAAAGACUUGGAUGAGAUUGGACAGCUGGUCUUCAAGGGUGUGAAACGACUGAACCGUAUCCAAUCCAUAGUUUUUGAAACAGCUUAUAACACAAAUGAAAACAUGCUUAUCUGUGCACCAACUGGAGCCGGCAAAACGAACAUUGCCAUGCUAACAGUCUUGCAUGUCAUUCGCCAAAAUAUUCAACAAGGUGUCAUUAAAAAGGAUGCUUUUAAGAUUGUGUAUGUAGCUCCUAUGAAGGCCCUGGCAGCUGAGAUGACAAAUUACUUUAGCAAGCGUCUAGAGCCACUGGGUGUCACAGUGAAAGAGCUGACUGGUGAUAUGCAGUUGUCAAAAGGUGAAAUUUUACGCACCCAGAUGCUUGUGACCACACCAGAGAAAUGGGAUGUUGUCACCAGAAAGAGUGUUGGAGAUGUGGCGUUGUCUCAGCUUGUAAGACUAAUGAUAUUAGAUGAAGUGCACUUACUGCAUGAAGACAGAGGUCCUGUAUUGGAAAGCUUAGUUGCCAGGACAUUACGACAGGUGGAAUCAACACAGAGUAUGAUAAGGAUCUUGGGCCUUUCUGCCACUUUACCCAACUACUUGGACGUUGCUUCAUUUCUUCAUGUCAAUCCUUUUAUUGGCCUUUUCUACUUUGAUGGACGGUUCCGACCUGUUCCUCUUGGACAAACAUUUAUUGGGAUAAAGUCAAAUAACAAGACACAACAACUCCAUGAUAUGGAAGAAGUCUGCUAUGAGAAUGUUUUUCGAGAAAUCAGAGCUGGUCGGCAGGUAAUGGUUUUUGUUCAUGCCAGAAAUUCCACAGUGCGUACCGCAAUGGCCUUGAGGGAGCUAGCAAAAAACAAUGGGCACAUUUUACAUUUUUUGCCAAGCCAAGGCUCUGAUUAUGGUCAUGCUGAAAAACAGGUGCAAAGGUCUAGAAAUAAGCAGCUAAGAGAGUUGUUUCCAGAUGGAUUUAGUAUUCAUCAUGCAGGCAUGCUGCGGCAAGAUAGGAGUUUGGUGGAGAACCUCUUUUCUCAGGGACAUAUCAAAGUCCUGGUUUGUACAGCCACAUUAGCCUGGGGUGUCAAUCUCCCUGCUCACGCUGUUAUCAUUAAGGGUACACAAAUAUAUGAUGCCAAAAGAGGUUCAUUUGUGGAUCUGGGAAUUCUAGAUGUCAUGCAGAUUUUUGGCCGAGCUGGACGGCCACAGUUUGAUAAAUUUGGAGAAGGCACCAUCAUUACAACCCAUGAUAAACUCAGCCAUUACCUGACUCUGCUUACUCAGCAAAAUCCAAUUGAAAGUCAGUUCCUUGAAAGCCUUGCUGACAAUAUGAAUGCAGAGAUCGCGCUGGGAACAGUAACCAAUGUGGAGGAGGCAGUAAAGUGGCUGAGUUACACUUAUCUUUUUGUACGGAUGAGAGCAAAUCCAUUAGCAUAUGGCAUUAGUCAUAAGGUGUUUCAGAUGGAUCCCUUACUGGAAAAGCAUCGAGAACAAGUGGUAAUUGAAGUAGGACGGAAACUUGACAAGGCUCGUAUGAUUCGCUUUGAAGAGAGAACUGGAUUCUUUUCCUCCACAGAUCUGGGAAGAACUGCCAGCCACUUUUACAUUAAAUAUAACACAAUUGAGACAUUCAAUGAAUUAUUUGAUGCCCACAAAACUGAAGGAGAUAUUUUUGCUGUUGUGUCUAAAGCUGAAGAAUUUGAGCAGAUCAAGGUCCGUGAAGAAGAGAGUGAAGAAUUAGAGCACCUCAUUGAUAAUUAUUGUGAACUGCCUGUAGCUGGAGGAGUGGAAAAUGGCUAUGGAAAAAUAAAUAUUCUUCUUCAAACAUAUAUUGGGCGUGGAGAAAUGGACAAUUUUUCCCUCAUAUCUGAUUCAGCAUAUGUUGCACAGAAUGCUGCACGAAUUAUAAGAGCUCUUUUUGAGAUAGCCCUAAGGAAAAGAUGGCCAGCAAUGACUUACAAACUUCUGAACCUUAGCAAAGUCAUCGACAAGCGUCUCUGGGGCUGGGCUAGCCCACUUCGGCAAUUCUCUGUUCUUCCACCUACUGUGCUAACAAAGCUAGAAGAGAAGAAACUAACCAUUGAUAAGCUGAAGGAUAUGGGAAAAGAUGAGAUUGGUCACAUGUUGCAUCAUGUGAACAUUGGGCUAAAGGUGAAACAGUGCGUCCAUCAAAUUCCAUCCAUUACAAUGGAAGUGACUAUCCAACCAAUUACCCGCACGGUUCUUAGAGUUCGUCUAAGUAUUAAUCCAGACUUCAAGUGGAAUGAUCAGGUGCAUGGAACUGUUGGAGAACCUUGGUGGAUUUGGGUUGAAGAUCCCACAAAUGACCAUAUUUAUCAUUCAGAAUACUUUCUGCUGCAAAAGAAACAGGUCGUCACAAAAGAACAGCAAUUUCUGGUGUUCACAAUACCCAUCUUUGAACCAUUACCCUCUCAAUACUACAUCAGAGCUGUUUCUGAUCGAUGGCUGGGAGCUGAAGCCGUGUGUAUAAUAAAUUUCCAACAUCUCAUUUUGCCAGAGAGGCAUCCACCACACACAGAAUUGCUGGAUUUGCAGCCUUUGCCAGUCAAUGCCUUGGGACAUAGAGAAUAUGAAGCCCUUUACAAGUUUACUCAUUUCAACCCAGUUCAGACUCAGAUCUUUCAUACUCUUUAUCAUACCGACACAAAUGUUCUCCUCGGGGCUCCAACAGGGUCUGGAAAGACUGUAGCUGCGGAGUUGGCCAUCUUCAGAGUCUUUAACAAGUACCCAACAUCCAAGGCAGUCUAUAUAGCUCCACUGAAGGCUCUAGUCCGUGAAAGAAUGGAGGACUGGAAAGUAAGGAUUGAAGAAAAACUUGGCAAAAAAGUUGUGGAGUUGACGGGAGAUGUCACUCCUGAUAUGAGAGCCAUAGCAGAAGCUGACCUAAUUGUUACCACCCCAGAGAAGUGGGACGGUGUCAGCAGGAGUUGGCAAAACAGGAGUUACGUGCAGAAGGUUUCCAUUCUAAUCAUUGAUGAAAUCCAUUUGCUUGGGGAUGAGAGAGGACCAGUCCUGGAAGUCAUUGUAUCUCGGACCAACUUUAUUUCCUCACAUACAGAGAGGACCGUACGUGUUGUUGGUUUGUCAACCGCUCUAGCAAAUGCCAGGGAUCUUGCAGAUUGGUUAGGCAUUGGUCAGAUGGGACUGUUUAACUUUCGUCCAUCCGUGCGACCAGUACCUUUGGAGGUCCACAUUCAGGGCUUCCCUGGACAACACUAUUGCCCUCGUAUGGCUAGCAUGAACAAACCUUCAUUUCAAGCUAUAAGAAGUCACUCCCCUGCAAAGCCUGUACUCAUCUUUGUGUCAUCCAGACGUCAGACCCGCCUCACUGCCAUCGAUUUGAUAGCAUUCCUCGCCACCGAAAAUGACCCCAAACAGUGGCUCAAUAUGGAUGAAAGAGAGAUGGAUGAUAUCAUUGCCACAAUCAGGGACUCCAACUUGAAGCUCACACUUGCAUUUGGAAUUGGAAUGCAUCAUGCCGGCUUGCAUGAAAGGGAUCGUAAAACAGUGGAGGAGCUGUUUGUUAAUUGCAAAAUCCAGGUUCUUAUUGCAACCAGUACAUUGGCAUGGGGUGUUAAUUUCCCUGCUCACCUUGUUAUCGUAAAGGGAACUGAAUUCUAUGAUGGUAAAACAAGAAGAUAUGUGGAUUAUCCAAUCACAGAUGUACUGCAGAUGAUGGGCCGAGCCGGGAGACCUCAGUUUGAUGACCAAGGCAAAGCUGUGAUCCUAGUCCAUGACAUAAAAAAAGAUUUUUACAAGAAGUUUCUUUAUGAACCAUUCCCUGUUGAAUCUAGUUUGUUGGAAGUCCUGUCUGACCAUCUAAAUGCAGAGAUUGCAGCUGGAACAAUAACAUCAAAACAGGAUGCAAUGGAUUAUAUCACGUGGACCUAUUUUUUCCGUCGACUUUUGAUGAACCCCAGCUACUACAAUUUGGAAGAUGUUGGACAUGAUUCAAUGAAUAAAUUCCUUUCAACUCUUGUGGAGAAAUCACUAAUUGACCUGGAAUGUUCAUACUGCAUUGAGAUUGGCGAGGACAAUCGUACAAUUGAGCCUCAAACCUAUGGACGGAUUGCUUCAUAUUAUUAUUUGAAACACCAAACUGUUCGGAUGUUCCGGGACAGACUAAAGGCAGAAUGUUCUGUUGAAGACUUGCUUUCAAUUCUGACAGAUGCUGAAGAGUAUACGGAUCUUCCUGUCAGGCACAAUGAAGACCAAAUGAACAGCGAGUUAGCAAAACAUCUUCCUAUUGAAGUGAACCCACAUUCCAUGGACAGCGCACACACCAAAGCACAUUUGCUGUUGCAAGCUCAUUUCAGUAGGGCCACAUUACCUUGUCCUGACUAUGGCACUGACACCAAAACAGUCCUGGAUCAAGCCAUACGAGUGUGUCAGGCAAUGAUGGAUGUUGCAGCACAUCAUGGCUGGCUUGUUACAGUGUUAAAUAUCACCCAUCUAGUGCAAAUGGUAAUCCAAGCGCGAUGGAUACAUGACUCCUGUUUGCUCACUGUGCCUAAUAUUGAAAAACACCAUCUUUAUCUUUUCAGAAACUGGAAUUCAGGAAAAAGAAUAAGUAUUUCUGAAGGUGUGACCAGACCUAUUGAGUGUCUUCCAGAGCUGGUGGCUGCAUGUGGAGGCAAAGAAGAAAUCUUUUUUUCUAUUACAGAAAGGGAGCUCUCAGUUGCACAUAUAACACAGGCAUGGAACUUUGUGUCAAAUCUUCCAGUGAUUGACGUCCAGAUGACCAUUAAAGGAUGGUGGGAGGAUCCAGUACAACAGCACAGUGAACUCUCCGUACCUAUCAUUUUUCCAGGAGCACAGGAGAAAAAAUGGAUUUCAUUACAUGCUGAUCAGGAGUAUGUGCUUCAGGUGAAUCUGCAGAGGAUUCGGGCCGGAUACAGAAAGGGAAAGCAAGACAGUAAAGCAAUUGCUCCCAAGUUCCCAAAGGCAAAAGAUGAGGGUUGGUUUUUAGUCCUCGGAGAGGUGGACAAGAAAGAGCUUGUUGCACUUAAGAGACUGGGAUAUGUAAGGAACAGAAGCACUGUGUCCAUAGCGUUUUAUACGCCAGAGAAUAUUGGCAGGUGCAUCUACACACUGUAUAUCAUGAGUGACAGCUACCUGGGCAUAGACCAACAGUAUGACUUAUAUCUCAACAUUAUUCCAGCCAGUGUAUCAGCCCAAGUAAACACUGAGGUCUCUGCUUCUCUUAGUGACCUUGCCAUGAAGUAACCUGACCUUUACAACUCUACCAGGGGAAUUUUUUUUUUUUUUU